AUGACGCAAGCAAGCUUCUCCGAUUUCGACUCGCCAGCUGUACCAAAUGAAGCAUCGAGCCACGCAACGUCCAUGUGUAACACGCCCUCCGCACACGAAACUGCAGUCACGCCCAAAUCAGUAACACACCAAGCUAGUCCCUUUGCGAUUGUCCCUUCAAUGCCGACUAUCAGCGUCACUGUAACUUUGACUGUCAUCCACACUCCAGAUACCAACUUCUCCGAGGCGUCCUAUUUGCAUCUAAUCAGGCCAUCGGAGCUUGAUUUCUCGAUGAUAACCACUAGAACCCAUCCUACCGUCCCAGAAGUCACAGUAGCAUCUUUUGAACUCUACGUGUCACCCGUCGAUCCAUCAACCGUAGCUGUUCCUACCGGCUCAACAAUAGACAAUGGGUCCAUCACAUCAUCACCAGCUCUCGCUCCUGCGGCAAUCGUAGGUAUUGCGAUCGGCACCAUCACCAUCACUGCUGCUUUCAUUGUACUCUCGCUUUACCUCUAUCGACGCAACCACAGUGCUAAGUAUCGCAGCGAUACAGAGGCCAUGACAAGCGAAGCGGUGCUUGAAGCUAAAUUGCAGCGCGCGCAGGAUCUUAGGAUACAUCGGCUAUCAACACAUGGCAAAGCUCUGAGUACACAGCCACUGAAGAUGGCUGCAAAGAAGCUGGCUUGUAUCGUUGAGAAAGAGCGUAUGGUGCGCGUUACAAAUGACGAAGGGAUAGAUAAUGCUGGAAAUGUGCAGGCACAUUUUGACCGAGUGCGUCGGCCUUCUGGUCUAGCUAUGCACCCUCCAACACCUACAAUGGCUACCUAG